CAUUCAAUGGGGGGGGGGACCAUAAUCUACUUAAAUUUACUUUAAAAUAAUGCACGAACCAGGUAGAGUUUAUCGCAAAGGGUUUAGAUAUGGAUUGGCCUCUGGAGUCAGGCCCAAUCAACAACACACGGCCACACCCUCGAACGGAUCAUACUCAUAGAAUACGAUUUCAAGGGCAGAGCUGCCCCCCGUUUUGUUGUUUAGGUGGGACCCUGUUGCUAAGUGUUAAUGAUCCAUCCUCAUCUUCUUCGUUGUGGCCAUCUUCAACGUGGCAAAUUUAAGGGCCUGGACUCCAACUGUCAAUCUUCCGUAGUCCGUUCCCACACCUGAUAUCUUUGGAAUGAACUGAAUUGAACGUUUUGGAUAGCGUUUUGGUUCAGGAGGGCAAUUUGCAUGAUCCACAGACCACCAGGCCGACUCCCUGAAAUUUUAUCCAAGGGAGGAAAAUCCAUGGCUCCUACCAGCUUCAGCUGCUUAUCGUCUACCUCUCCCACACCCACCACUGCCGUUCCCACUUCUAGUAAUCCCAACCCUGGAUAUAAUCAGAUCGACAAUAACGACAACAACAGCGGUAUGAUAAGCCCCCAGCCCGAUUCAGAGGCACACGGGCAGGUUCGGAAAUUCAAGGCUAGCUCCCAGCUGAACCGAUGGUCUAGGGCUCGUUCCUUACGAUUAGGUCGGAGAUUGGAACGCCCCGCAGUUCAAGGCGCCCAGACGACCGAGACGAUCGCAGCGGUUGUGAGUGGAGAGGUCGGUAGCCCCCGUACUCCGUCUUCUCCUUUACCUAAAAGAGAUAUAAUGGAGGUAAAGUCCAUUUAUAUGGUUUCUGAUGGCACUGGUUGGACGGCGGAACAUUCCGUCUACGCAGCGUUGGGGCAAUUUGAGAACUUCCUGGUCGAAAAGGGUUGUCCUGUAAAUACCCAUCUCUUCUCGGGGAUUGAUAAUGUGGAGCAUCUCAUGAAGAUCAUAAAACAAGCAGCUAAAGAAGGUGCAAUGCUUCUAUACACCUUAUCUGAUCCUUCCAUGGCUGAGUCAGCUAAGCAAGCCUGCAAGCUAUGGGGCAUCCCAUGCACUGAUAUACUGGGACCUGUCACAGAGGCUAUCUCUUCCCAUGUUGGUGUAUCUCCAUCCGGAACUCCUCGUGGUGGUGGGGCUUCAUGUCGGAAGCUCCCUCUAACUGAGGAGUAUUUCCAACGAAUUGAAGCUGUUGAGUUCUCCAUUAAACAAGAUGAUGGUGCCCUACCCCAAAACUUGCACAGAGCUGAUAUUGUCCUCACUGGAGUUUCUCGUACUGGAAAGACGCCAUUGUCUAUUUAUCUUGCACAAAAGGGAUAUAAAGUGGCUAAUGUUCCAAUUGUUUUGGGUGUUGAACUGCCCCAAAUACUGUUUGAGGUAGAGCCAGAGAAAGUAUUUGGUUUGACUAUAAAUCCUACAGUCUUGCAGAUGAUUAGGAGAGUGAGAGCAAAGAAUCUAGGCUUCAAAAGCCAAGCACGGAGUAACUAUUCAGAGAUGGAUUAUGUGAGAGAGGAGUUGGAAUUUGCUAAUAAGAUUUUUGCAGAAAAUCCAGUGUGGCCAGUGAUAGAAGUGACAGGAAAAGCAAUUGAAGAAAUAGCAUCCGUUGUGUUGAGGCUUUACCAUGACCGGAAGCAAACGUGCUCAGUGCCACGCAUAUCAAGAUACUACUAGAGUUUGUAGGUUUCUGUAUGACGAUAUGCUGAGGCUGAACUAGAAGUGACCCAAUUGCAAGAUGGGUAUCUAGCUCUACUUGCUGGUGCAUUUGUAAGGUCAUUUUAAUAUUGCUGUAUACUGUAGCAGGUAGAGCUUAAUUAUUCGGCAAACAAGGUCUCCUAGCUCAGAACACAACCAUUCCAGGCCUUUGAGCAAUUCUUUCUUUAUCAGCCCAAGGAACAUGAUAGAUGAGAUUAUUACUGUCAUUGCUACAACUUGUGUUCCCUUGUACAUUGCGUUUCUGAUCCCUACAUAAAUAUAUGUUUAGUGACCAUCUCUACCUUGUUGCAAUCUAUACAAUCAUAUGUAAUGGUGAGGAUGGAGGAGUUAUACAUUCAUAAAGAGUGUAAAGUUUGCAAAAUCAUAGUGAAAAGUGAUCUUUUGUCUUCCCUUAUCU